ACGUUUAAUUAUGAGUGUAGCGUUUUAUAUUUGAAUUUUUUAAAAAUGCUGUAUUCACGAGCGUGAAAACAGAACGACGCAUCUUGUCAAAAUGGCUCAAUCCAGAUGCAGGAAAUAUGGUUUCUGAAACGCAGUCUUCCUUAAGUAGUGUUCUGCCGUUGCAUUGUGCUGAUUACAAUGCCGCGUCCUUCUCGCUAGGUGGCGCCGUCCGACAACACGAGAUUAAGUCGCCUAUUUCGUUUCUCUGUGUCGAAACCCUCAACUGCCCAUCCCACACACCCAUAGCAACCGCUGAACUGAUGCGAGCGCGUGCAGCUUCUCCGAAUUCCCCGCGAUGAAUUCCGCGCUAUGUUCUGCCUGUUUCUGUAAGCAACGUGCAACUUAACCCAGGCCUGGACAAAAGCUCACCCUUUUUGUAAUUUUCCGAACCGUUUACAGCAGCUGGAGUGGCGUGAAGAAAUGGAGAAAGAGAGAAUAUUGUCCAAGCAAUAUGGGUCUCUCGAAUGCUCACAACGGGAUGCGGACGCAGCCAAAACAGAGGAAGAUGACGUCGUGUCCAUGGCAGACUCUACCAUCACCGUCGACGACAUCGAGGGGGAGCUCUUCAAGAUCGAGCGGCUACGGGACGUCCUGGUGCGGAGGGAGUCGGAGCUGAGAUACAUGAUGGAUGACAUUCAGCUGUGCAAGGAAAUAACGCGGCUGAAACAGGAACUCCAGAAACUGGUGUCCAUCCCAGACAAGGACAAAUCAAACGAGGACAGACAGAAGGAGGACGAGCUGCUCCAGCAGAUCCACAAGCUGGUGGAGACCAGGGACUUCCUCGUGGACGACGUGGAGUUCGAGCGGCUGAGGGAAAGAGAAGAAGACAAAGAGAUGGCUGAAUUUCUGCACUCAAAACUUCCCAAGCGCAUGAAGAAAAAGAGUGCCGGUCAGCGCAGGAAGGUGACCUCCAGAGCGCAGCAGACGUCCUCUCCAUUUGUGGCCAAGACCGGCCUCACCCUCCUGAAGGAGUGCUGCGGAUUCACCUGCUCCGUCAUGUAGGGCGCCACCUGGUGGCGGCCACCAGCGUACACAGGAAGACCAAAACAAAACCAAAAAACAAAAAAAAACUGAGGUGUUUGUCGGAGGAGUAUAAAAAACGAGUGGAGGGCGGAUGUAACGUGGGACCCAGGGUGCGGGUGGACUGUAGCACAUAUGGUGGCCAGGGGAGGGCAAUGUGGAGGGGUAGGGGGCAGAACAUGAACAUUUUGUCUGUUUCAAGGCCUGUCUCAGGUGUGUGGGCCUGUAAUUGUGUGUCCGUCCCCCAUCUGUUUAUUAUUUGGGAAAAUCACAGCCCGCAGGCGCACUGUCAGGUGGCCAUCCAUCCAUCCAUUCUGCACAUCUUCCCAGUGCUCCUCGUAGGCCUGCUGUCGAGCAGGCGCCCGUCAUCACCGCACCGUCAGCUCCCUGCCAAAACUACAUUUCCCAUGGGGCCGCACGCAGCUGAACCGUCGCUAGACUAAACGCGUCUCUGACUUAGAGGCUUGUCAGCCGGCGCUGGGAGAGCCAGAAAAUGAAUCUGGCAAUCUGUGCGUUCAGGUGCGUCUUCUGCAGUCCACCACAGCGCCCCCUGGCUGCAGGAGACGGAACAAUAGCCCAGCAUUCCAACCUGCGCCAAAAAACAUAUUAAACGGCACCAUGGCUGAUUCUCUCACAAAAAGAAAAGCCAGUGGACGAUCAGUGAUGGUGCUAAGGGAGAUCAGCAUAUGGGGCAAGAGAUGAGAUAUUGGUCAGAGGACGAGGGCUAAGGUGAACAAGGAGGAGGGGAAAACAUUUUAUCACUGUAUUUUCAUUAGAGAAGGAGGGAUAAAUGGAUAAAGUCUGCCAGAUAUAGUUUUCAUCACUCCAAAUCCCCAAAGGGAUUCUCGAGGCUUGGCUCCAGCACCCUUGAAUGAGUGGUUCUUCGCUUGGUUGUCAGUUGCUUAUGCCUGCUCAUUAGCUCGUUUAAAGAAGGUUGGUAGGGUUAUUGGGUGUAGAGGUCUCACAGCGCACAUGGGCACUUCACUUCACACUUCACAGACCUCUGUCAUCUGAGUAAGAACAAGAGCCCUGGAUCUUCAUCUGUGAUUGAUCGGGGGGGCCAAGAACAGUGGCAGUCAGUGGCUUUCAUUGACACGUUGGGGGGAAAAAACCGGCUCCUUGGACUUUAUGUGGCUUCAGUGUGACUUUGAGUUACACCAACAGCAUCGUCUGUGGUCUGUGGUGUUUGUGCCGGAGGGAGGCCAUGAUUAAAGUUGACGGUGUCUGAGUUUUGGGUCUGGUGAUUUUACCCUGUGAAGGCUGCUGGUCAGGGAAGACUUGUCCCUCUGGCUCUUCUACCUUCUUCACUUUCUCCGCCUCUCUCAUUUUUCAAAUCCAACGUGUCCGUCUUUGUUCCCUGUUCGGUUUGACCAAUUCACCAUCCAUCUUUAGCCGCAUCUAGGCCUCACUGUGCUGCAGCAGCUAUGCUUCGCCAUUGUGCAGAAGCAGCACUGUGCGUGCUUCCAUUUGCUUCAUGAGUCUCUGGCCCUGCUUCUCCACUGGCUUUUCAUUUUUUUGUAGGCCACGUUUGUUUCACAGUUGAAUUUUGCGACGAGCGUCGACUCGCAAAGUUCAACGAGUAAGACGAUUUAUGCGCCGUCCAUAAAUUCUGAAAUACCGUAAGGAGCAAUUUCAUUACUGACUGCUUAUUGUUUUUUUAAUGUAUUUUCACAAAAUUACUAGAUGCUCCAUGGAGAUGGCAUUUCAAGCAGUGUUUAAAAAAAAAAAAAAAAAAUCUUAUUAAAAACUCUUUCUCUUCCACCUCUUCUUUUCUUUCUCACAUUUACUUUUCC